AUGUCCUCAAGCGAUCCACAAGGGAAAGGGAAAGGAAAGGCUCUCAAUCCAUCUCCCGCUUCUGCUUCUACUUCCUCUACAUCUGUACCUCCAGCGCAAACAACUUCCAACGAUACACCCAGUCGACAAGAUGAACAAUCUACUCCCUCUCUUCUCAACCGUAUUGGAGCUUCGGCAGCAGGAUUGGGUCGAGAUGUUUUUGCGGGGGGAGCUGGUGUUGGAGGAGAGUCGUUGAGGAGAGAUGCGCAGGGGUUACUUGUAGCGGCUGGGAAUGGGAAAGAGGGAAGUACGAGUGCAAUCGUGGGGGGGAAUGGAAAUGGAGAUGUAGGGUAUACGCAAACGCACAGGGGAAAUCCUAGGUUAACGGAUGGAUCAUCUUCGAUGUCUGGGGGUGUUGGGGAUACUCUUGGGAUGAGGAGCGCGGGGAAUGUGGGGACUAGUGGGAGUGGUUUUCAGGGAGCUGGAGGGAGUGGAGAAUCGAAUGGAAAUGUCGUUGGAGGGGAUGAAAGAGCGAGAUGGAUACAGCAGAAUGAGCAUGCAUUUUCUGAGUUUUUGGAUGGGCUUCCUUCUCUUACUCCCGUGGGUGAUUCGGGCUUUAGGGAUGGUGUUUCGGGAUCUUCCUAUGGGAUGUACGAGAAUAUUCCGUACGGCGCUCCUUCGAAUACAGUGGGGAAACAAGCUCUCGAAGACUCGUGGGCUCGAUCUGCACAACGAGGCAACGAUCAACGUGAGGGUUAUUAUGGGUCUCGCGCUGUAAAUGCACGAGAAUCAACGAUCUACCAUUUCGAGCCAUUGCCGGCCUUUCAUCCAGAUAAAAUGACGGCGGGGGAACAUCGUCGAGAAGUUGUGAAUGCGAUUUCUCAUAGAGAUGCAGGGAACAUGAAUACCGAUCACCACGAUAUAUCCGUGCAAGAACAGGAAAGUAGAGAUGGAGAUGAAGUGCGCGAUUUGCUAUCGAGAAUUGGAGGGGCUUCUUUUGAUGAGGAGAUUGCUGGGAUGGAUCGGGGAAUGAGCGAGAUGGAGAUAGAGGGAGAGGAUAUGAAAGCCUACGAGAGAGAAUGGAUGGGUAUGAGUUCUGUGGAACGGGAUAGGAUUAUACAGGCUACGAGGGGUUUGUUUCCGGAGGAGGUGAAGAAUGGAGGGGGGGUGGUACAUGGAGGUAUUGAUGUGGAGAAUUCGCUGAAUUUGUUUCCGGAGCAUGAGAGGGAAGCGGAGGAGAGAGGGAGAGGAGAGAGGGAAAGAGAAAUGCACAGAGAAGAAGAAGAUGAUGAUGAUGAGUUUGAAGGCGAAGUGUUAAAUUUCCAGGGAAUAGAAUGGAGAGUGAGGAAAGAAAAGAAACAUGGGGACAUAAAAAAAGGGAUAAGAGGAGAGGCGAAAGAAGAGUGGAAAAGUGAUUGGGAGGGUGUACUGAAGGUCCGAGAAGCGAGAGAGGAAUUAAAAGUCGAAGAGGAGAAGGGUGAUGGGGGAGAGGGGAACGAGAAGGGGAAUUUAAAAGCGCUGAGGAGAUUGGGUGCUGUGUUGGGACAUUUGAGAGGGUUGGAUGGGAGUGGGAAGUAA